AUGGAUUCGCUUACUGUUGCCAUCGGGCUAGGGCUGGUGGUCAGCCUGUUGUUUACCGAAGCCUUCGGGCUGGCCGCCGGCGGGAUGAUCGUACCUGGCUACUUCGCUCUCCAGUUCGGGCGUCCCCUAGACAUUGUGCUAACGUUGCUGGUUGCAGCACUAACCUACCUCGCCGUGUUCGGAAUUUCGAAGGUUGCCAUCGUCUACGGACGACGGCGGAUCGUGCUGAUGCUGUUGAUGGGUUUCAUCCUCAGCCAAACCGUGAGGGUCAUGAUCGGCGAGGUGCCGGCCUUCAACUCUCCCACAGGAAGCUGCAUUGCCGUCAUCGGGUAUCUCGUGCCGGGGCUAAUCGCCUUGUGGUUCGACCGACAAGGUCUGCUCGAAACCUUGGGCACAGUGCUGACCGCCUCGGCGGUGGUCCGCUUAUGUUUGAUCGUUCUGGCGGUGGAGGCGGGCAUCCUAGCAAUUGGCCUGCUGGCCGUGGGGGGCACACUCGCCAUCGAGUGGUUCCCCAUCUCGAGGAACACCACCCAGCGAGAUCAGAAACUGGCCGCCGCUCAACUCGCCCAGCAGAGCAUGCAAACCAUCCGAGAAGCGAGGCUUAAUCGCGGACAUCAAAUCGAUACCCGAUUCGACCCCACCAGCUCCGGCAUGAUCGGCGAAGCGAUGUCGCCGGUUACCAGUUUGCCUUCGCACCUGGAAGCGAAGCAGACCAGCGUGAACCCCAAUUUCGCGGCGGCCGUGGUCGACAUGCUGACCGACGCCGGCGUAAAGUCGGGCGACGUGGUGGCCGUCGGCUACACCGGCUCUUUCCCGGCCUUCAACACCUGUGUUUGUGCGGCCAUGGAAACCUUGGGAGUCGAGCCACUGGUGAUCCACAGCGCGGCCUCCUCACAGUUCGGCGCGAAUUGUCCCGACAUGAUGUGGCUCGAUAUGGAAGCCGCGUUGCACGAGGCCGGGCUGAUCUCGUUCCGCUCACAGGCCGCAACCCUGGGCGGGUUCGGCGACCGUGCCCGUGGGAUGUCCGAUGAAUCGAAGACGAUGUUGCAAGACGCCAUCACCCGCAAUGAUGUCGCAUUGCUGGAGAUUUCUUCGCUGCAAGAUUCUAUCGAUCAACGCAUGGAGAUCUACACCAAGUUGGCCAACUCUCGACCAAUCGCUGCCUACAUCAACGUCGGCGGAGGUGCCGCCUCGAUUCAUGGCUCGAAAGGCCGGGAGGCGUUCGGGGCAGGGCUUAGCGAAGAAUACACAGGCGACAACUCCGAGGUCGAUUGUGUCGCCAGCCGCUUCGCCAACAGCAGUGUUCCCGUCAUCCAUGUCGGCAACGCCGUGCAACUCGCCGCGCACUUCGGGCUCCCCGUCGCCCCCCAACAAACACCCCAACUCGGCGUCGGCAGCGUUUAUGCAAACGCCAACGCCACAAGAUUACUGGCCGGAAUCUUAUUGGCCAUCAUCGCCGUCUGCAUGCGAACCUACCUCUGGAGCGAUCUCUGGGUCCGGCUCUCCACCCGCGUGAAAUCCCUGAGAAAGCGCUCCGCCACCCACCCUCAGCCUCUCCGCAUCGCCACCCCCAGCCACGCCGAACUAAUGGUGUAG